CGCACAGCGAGCGGCAGUCUAUUUUCGGAGCCUAGGCUGUGACCGGAGCACUGACCAAGAAUAUGGAAUCAGAAAACACAGAAGCUGAAAACAUGGAAACAGAAAAUUUGGAAGCAAAAGGCAUGGAAGCUAAAACUAUGAAGAUUAAGACAUUGCCUUCUGUCUCAGACCUGCAAGCACUUUCCAGUCUACUGUAUCCUGAGGAAGAGGAUGAUUUGGAUGCUGGACAGGAACAACUCUCACCUGCUAUUGGAGCCAUGAGCCCUGGGAAUAUUGGGCCACCUAAAGCCAAAGAGCCUAAAGCCAUCCCUAAAUCCAGUGGUACUGAAAGUGAGAAUAUCUGGAAUCCAGACGAAGUUCCGGAAGGAGCAGAGCAUGAUGAUAUAUGGGAUGUUCGAGAAAUCCCAGAUUAUGAGAUUGUAUUCCAACAAACUGUGGGAACUGAGGACAUAUACCUUGGACUAUCAAGAAAGGAUCCUUCGACAGCAUGCUGUCAGCAGCUGGUGGUGAAAAUUAAACUGCCUGAUACAAACCCUUCUGAAAUUGAAAUUGAUAUCCAAGAAACUCUCCUUGAUCUUCGCACUCCUAAAAAGAAGCUGAUAGUAAACUUUCCCCAGCCUGUGGAACGCAACAGCGCUAAAGCAUCCUAUAUCCAGGAAACUGAAAUGCUUGAAGUCAGAAUGACUCUGCAAAGAGACUUUGAUUUCGAUCUUUCCUGAAACUGUAUGAAUAAGGAAAAGAAAAGGGGAAAACACAUGACAAUGAAACAGUUUUUUUUAAACUUUGA